GUUCAGUAUCUGUAGGGCUAGGCUAUAUGACUUGCCCCUGCUCCCCACAUAGACACAGCAGGCUUUCACAGCUCUACAGACGACACAAAGUACUGCUCUGCGUGGAGAAGCUAAGGUUUACUGAGAACUAUGGAGGGACCUUAUAAGUACAUCAGGGUAAGAGGAAAGCAAUUUAAGCAGAGUUUAUAUAUAUUUUAUUAUAUGGAGCAGUUAAAUGUGGCUUACAGUGAAAGGAGUUGACAUAAUACGAAGGGAAUAACUGCCAUGAACUGCAACUACAAGUAGAAAAAAAAAAACAUUAUUGGAAAAAUGGCUGUUGUAAUGUAUUGCUUUCAUGUUUUUCCAACAGGAUGGGAAUGGGAAAGUUAGCCGGGUCAUACGAAUUGGAACCCGAAAGAGCCAGGUAAGAUACCUUUGGUGGUUGAGUGGAACCAAAUAGCUUUUUUUUUUUUUUUUUAAGGUAAUGUCAUUUCACACUAACUAUUUUUCCAGUGUCAGUGAAACUACUGUAGAGUUAAAAUUUUGAAUGGCGAAACAGCUUAAGCUUUUGAAUGGGGGGCACAGAGCGUGGCAACUCCUUAUCAGAUAAGGUUCCCCUCUCUGUUCCCUCAGAUACAGCAGUCAGGGACUUCUGCACCUCCUGCAACAGAGAUAGUUUGUUCACUGCUUCAGUAAUGUCUAGCCUUUUGCUACAGCUUCUUAUGCUCAUGUCCCACUGAUUUGGUGACGCACGGCUGAAUAUUUGCUUCUUGAAUAUUAUAUUCAAUAUUAUCCAAGAAGUGAACUAGCUAGAAACCAACCAUCCAAAAUGCAGACACACAAAUUAUGUAAUCCAAAUUGAAUUGAUUUCUGUUAAUUUGUUGACCUCAGCUGGCUCGUAUUCAGACGGACAGCAUUGCAGAAAAGCUGAAGGGACUGUACCCCGAUGUCCACUUAGAAAUAGGUGAGUCCAGGUGUCCCGCAAUACACUAUUAUAAAAAAAGGUGCUAUCUAGAACCUAAAAGGGUUCUUUGGCGGUCCGCAUAGGAGAACCCUUUGAAGAACCCUUUUGUGUUCCAUGUAGAAGCCUUUCCACAGAGGACUCUACUUGGAAACCAAAAGAGUUCUACUUAGAACCCAGAAGGGUUCUAUCUGGAACCAAUAAGGGUUCUCCUAUGGGGACAGCCGAAGAACCCUUUUGGAACCAUUUUUUCUAAAGAGUGUAUGAAAAAAAGGUUUUAUACAGGUAACUGCCAAAAUAAAGGAAACACUUGAGUAAAUGAAGGACACAAAGUACAAUGAAAGCAGGUGCUUCCACAUAUAUGUGUUUCCUGAGUUAAUUAAGCAAUUAACAUCCCAUCAUGCUUAGGGUCAUGUAUAAAAAGGCUGGGCAGGCCAUUAUUUGGGCAAUGGUUGGGCUUCCAUGGCUAUGCCGCCAUAGGAUAACAGUGCCCCCAUCCACAGGGCAGAGUGGUCACUGAAUGGUUUGAUGAGCAUGAAUACGAUGUAAACCAUAUGCCAUGGCCGUCUCAGUCACCAGAUCUCAUCCCAAUCUAAGAGUUAUGGGAGAUUCUGGAGCGGCGCUUGAGACAGCGUUUUAUACCACCAUCAACAAAACACUAAAUUAUGGAAUUUCUUGUGGAAGAAUGGUGUUGCAUCCCUCCAAUAGAGUUCCAGACACUUGUAGAAUCUAUGCCAAGGUGCAUUGAAGCUGUUCUGGCUCGUGCUGGCCCAACACCCUAUUAAGACACUUUAUGUUGGUGUUUCCUUUAUUUUUGCAGUUACCUGUAUGUUCUGUUACUUAUAGUGCAGUAAUCCAUGACUAUGGAGAUGCAUCACCAAUAAGAUAUGUACAAUACAUUAAUUAAAUGACUAUAUCACUUUGAAUAUGUCCUUGUCUUUCUGUUUCAGUUGGCAUGACAACAACAGGGGACAAAAUCCUUGACACAGCAUUAUCAAAGGUAAAUCUGUUUAUAUACUAAAGCGUGCCUCAUGAGAACUAAAUUGUUCCCAAAUUGUUCAUUUUACUGGACUCAGUAGUGUGCAAAAAACACUGGCAUGAGAAUAUACAGUAUUUUCUCCAUUGUGUACAUAUAAACUUAUGGUCUGAACUGAAAAUGUUAUGGGGUUAACAGUUAGUAACCUAUUUGCUUUCUAAAUGCAGAUUGGAGAGAAGAGCCUUUUCACCAAAGAACUGGAGACUGCUCUGGAGAGGAACGAGUAAGUCUAAUUUUGUCAUCGGGAGCUGGCGUUUCAGCUGGAUCCACUUGUCAGGCUUGGGUGUUGUCAAGAAAAAUGUUGUUGUCAAAAAAAUUGUGAUUAUAGUGGUCUCUUGUGUGUGAAUAAACCUUGUAAUAGACAGUCGCUAGUGAAGGUCUACACAACCCUUGUACAGUCUUCACAUUUUGCUGCCUUAAAAUGUAAUCACAAAUGGGAAUACAUUUGAUUUAUUUCCUAUCGAUCUACACAACCUACUCCAAAUUUUCAAUGUUAAAGAAAUAUAAGAGAAAAUUUUCAAAAUUAAUUUAAAAAAUGUUGAUGUAUUGAUUGCGUAUGUCUUCACACCCCAGAGUUAACACUUGUUGGAAGCACCUUUGUUAGCCAUUACAGCUGUGAAUCAUUUAUAUACGAUUCUACCAACUUUGCACAACUCUAAGGGCAACAUUUAUUAAUUGUUUUUGUCAAAAUGGCUCAAGCUCAGUAAAUUUGGGUGGGAGUCAUUGAUGGACAGCAAUAUUCAAUCCUUGUCUCUGAUUUUCAAGCAAAUUCAAGUCAGGACUGAGGCUGGACCACUCAUGAAUACGCACCUCUUGAAAAGCCAUUCUGGUGUGUCUUUGACAAAAAAUUGUGUGUUUGUCCCGCUGAAGAAUUAAACUCUAUCCCUUGGUUAGCUUUUCAGAAGACUGAGGCGGGUCUUCCUCUAACUUUUUACCUGGGCUUUGCUCCUUUCAUAUUUUAUUUUAUCCUGACAAACUCCUCAGUCCCUGCUGGUGACAAGCAUACCCAUAACAUGAUGCUGCCACCACAAUGCUUGACUCUGUGUUGUGUUUGUAUUGGAUUUGACCCAAGCCUGUAGUUUUUAAUUUAGGCCAAAAAGUCCAUUUCUUUGCAGUGUUAUCUUGCAGUAUUACUUCACAGCCUUGUUGCAAACAGAAUGGAUGAUUUGGAGUGGCUUUUCUAAAAUAGGCUUCAUUAUUUUCACUUUGUCAUACAGGUUAGUAAUGUGGAGUGAAUACAAUGUUGUUAAUUAUAUGUGUUUUCGAGUAUUGUAGUGGCAGCAUCAGGUUAUGGGUAUGCUUGUCACCGGCAGGGACUGGGGAGUUUUUCAGGAUAAAACAAAUAUGAAAGGGGCCUCCUGAGUGGAGCAGCGGUCUAAGGCACUGCAUCACAGUGCUAGAGGCGUCACUACAGACCUGGGUUCGAUCCUGGGCUGUAUCACAACCGGCCAUGAUCGGGAGUCCCAUAGGGCGGAGCACAAUUGACCCAGCAUCGUCCGGGUAGGGGAGGGUUUGGCCGGGGGGCUUUACUUGGCUCAUCGCGCUCUUGCGACUCCGUGUGGUGGGCCGGUGCCUGCAGGAUGACCUCGGUCGUCAGGUGAACGGCGUUUCCUCCGACACAUUGGUGCGGCUGGCUACCUGGUUAAGCGGGCGGGUGUUAAGAAGCGCGGUUUGGCGGGUCAUGUUUUGGAGGACGCAUGACUCGACCUUCACCUCCCAAGCCCGUUGGGGAGUUGCAGCGAUGAGACAAGAUCGAAAAAGGGGGUAAAAUACAAAAAGUAUAUUCAUAUAUGAAAGUUCUCACAUAUAAAGUUACACGAAACCCUGCCUCAGGCUUCUGAAUACCUAAACCUGGGAUAGAGUUUUAGUUUUCAGCGGGACAGUAAACAAAUUGUAAUGCCAAGCACACAUCAGAAUGGCUUUACAAUAGGUGUUGAGUGUUCCUGAAUGGUCCAGUCUCAGUCCUGACUUAAAUCUGCUUGAAAAUCUGAGACAAGGUUUGAAUAUUGCUGUCCAUCAAUGACUCCCAACCAAAUGUACUGAGCUUGAGACAUUUUGACAAAAUCUAUGGCUAAAUGUUGCCCUUAGAGUUUUGCAAAAUGUGUAGAAUCUGAUUCAAAUUGUUUCACAGCUGUAAUGACUACCAAAGGUGCUUCCACCAAGUAUUAACUCUGGGCUGUAAAGACAUACGCAAUCAAGACAUCUUUAUUUUUUAUUUUUCAUUAAUUUGGAAAAUAUUCUAUAACUUUCUUUCACUUCGGAAAUGUGGAGUUGGUUGUGUAGAUCAGUAGGAAAAAAAUCAAAUGUAAUCAAUUUUCAUUUAAAGGCAGCAAAAUGUGGAGACUGUGCAAGGGGUGAGUAGACACUCACUAGGCACUGUACAUUCAAACUGUAGGCUACAUUACUAUCAGCCCUAAUCUGGAAAGCUACUACUGUUGACGUACUUCCUUUAUUACAAUGUAAUGGCAUACAUGUUGAGUAGCUUCAAAACUUCAGACAAAACCAUUGAUGUCUUCAAGACUUUGAUCUGUGCAGGUGUUUAUGUCCAGAGUCUUCGCUCUGAAGUGUUGCUAAAUAAAUGACUCUGUUGUGUUGUGUCUCCUAUAGGGUAGACUUGGUGGUCCACUCAUUGAAGGACUUGCCCACAACUCUACCUCCUGGCUUUACCAUAGGAGCUGUGCUAAAGUAAGUCGACACAAUAGUGCCUCUGUAAGGAUCCACAGAGAAAUCAAACACACUGUCCUAAUUCAUUUGGGACUCUUUUGUUGGUGUUCAAACCUUUGAACAUACUGAUUUGGUGUGAAACACUAUCAGUUUUACUCACAUAUUGUAAUAUAUUUAAAGAUCUUUCUUUCAAAGUUUUUACAGGUUCCUACACAUAGAUUUAAUUGAUAAUGUAGAUUUGAAAUCAUGAUCUAGCUAGCCAGCUAUGUGUAUAUACAUUUAUUUUGAAUACUCCAAGCGCACUAGAGUGAAUCACUAUCUGAAUAUCGACUCCGAUAUUUUCAUGGUAAAUCGUUUUUUUGCUUCCUAUUCUUUUAAGGCGGGAGAACCCCCAUGACGCAGUGGUCUUGCAUCCCAAAAACAUGGGAAAAUCCCUCGACACCCUGCCCGACAAGAGGUACGAAACACAGUUGAAUUUUACUCAUGACAUUGUUUGAAGAUUAUUUUCCAUUCUGUUUCAAAGGAGUGGCUCGACAUUGAUCUUGAUGGGUUUUCUUCAUAGUGUGAUAGGCACAAGUUCCCUGCGACGGGCUGCUCAGCUAAAGAAAAGAUUCCCCCACCUGGAGUUUAAAGAUAUUGUAUCCUUUCUCUCACUGCUACUUUCUCUCACUGCCACUCACAGUAUAGCGAAAGAUCAAAACAGAAUCUUUAUUUUGAAUCUGAUGCACAUCAUAUCAGUAAUGAAUACAUCUAUAGAGAGUUGUGAGUUUGUUUCCUUAGUGUGUUUUUUCCAGCGAGGAAACCUCAACACAAGGUUGAAGAAGCUGGAUGAAAAGGACGACUUCUCUGCCAUUAUUCUGGCUGCAGCUGGACUCUGUCGCAUGGGCUGGGAGAGCCGAGUCAGCCAGGUAGCUACAUCCAACACUCCACAUUACAACACCUUGUCCAUACCAUAGAGAUAAAUCAAGAUUCAUCUUAAUUCAUCAAGAUUAAAUUGUAUGUGUUUUUUAGACAAUAUGUAAGCCUACUGUAUACGGUGCCUUCGGAAAGUAUUCAGACCCCUUUACUUUUUCCACAUUUUGUUACGUUACAACCUUAUUCUGAAUUAUUAUUUUUUUUUUAUCUCAGCAAUCUACACAGAAUACCCAAUGCGAAAACAGGUUUUUAGAAAUGUGUGUAAAUUCAUUGAAAAUAAAAAACAGAAAUACCUUAUUUACAUAAGUAUUCAGACCCUAUGCUAUGAGACUCGAAAUUGAGCUCAGGUGCAUCCUGUUUCCAUUGAUCAUCCUUGAGAUGUUUCUACAACUUGAUUGGAGUCCACCUGUGGGAAAUUCAAUUGAUUGGACAUGAUUUGGAAAGGCACACACCUGUCUAUAUUCUGGUCCCACAGUUGACAGUGCAUGUCAGAGUAAAAACCAAGCCUUGAGGUCGAAGGAAUUGUCCGUAGAGCUCCGAGACAGGAUUGUGUCGAGGCACAGAUCUGGGGAAGGGUACCAAAACAUUUCUGCAGCAUUGAAGGUCCCCAAGAACACAGUGGCCUCCAUCAUCCUUAAAUGGAAGAAGUUUGUAACCACCAAGACUCUUCCUAGUGCUGGCCAAACUGAGCAAUCGGGGGAGUAGGGCCUUGGUCAGGGAGGUGACCAAGAACCCGAUGGUCACUCUGACAGAGCUCCAGAGUUCCUCUGUGGAGAUGGGAGAACCUUCCAGAAGGACAACCAUCUCUGCAGCACUCCACCAAUCAGGCCUUUAUGGUAGAGUGGCCGGACGGAAGCCACUCCUCAGUAAAAAGCACAUGAUAGCCCGCUUGGAGUUUGCCAAAAGGCACCUAAAGACUCUCAGACCAUGAGAAACAAGAUUCUCUGGUCUGAUGAAACCAAGAUUGAACUCUUUGGCCUGAAUGCAAAGCGUCACGUCUGGAGGAAACCUGGCACCAUCCCUACGGUGAAGCAUGGUGGUGGCAGCAUCAUGCUGUGGGGAUGAUUUUCAGUGGCAAGGACUGGGAGACUAGUCAGGAUCGAGGGAAAGAUGAAUGGCACAAAGUACAGAGAGAUCCUUGAUGAAAACCUGCUCCAGAGCGCUCAGGACCUCAGACUGGGGCGAAGGUUCACCUUCCAACACUACAACGACCCUAAGCACACAGCCAAGACAACGCAGAAGUGGCUUCGGGACAAGUCUCUGAAUGUCCUUGAGUGGCCCAGCCAAAGCCCAGACUUGAACCCGAUCUAACAUCUCUGGAGAGACCUGAAAAUAGCUGUGCAGCGACACUCCUCAUCCAACCUGACAGAGCUUGAGAGAAUCUGCAGAGAGGAAUGGGAGAAACUCCCCAAAUACACGUGCCAAGCUUGUAGCGUCAUACCCAAGAAGACUCAAGGCUGUAAUCACUGCCAAAAGUGUUUCAACAAAGUACUGAGUAAAGGGUCUGAAUACUUAUGUAAAUGUGGUAUUUCAGUUAAAUAAAUAAACAUUUUGCUAAAAUUUCUAAAAACCAGUUUUUGCUUCGUCAUUAUGGGGUAUUGUGUGUAGAUUUGAUGAGGGGAAAAAAACAAUUUUAACAUUUUUAGAAUAAUGCUGUAAUGUAACAAAAUGUGGAAAAAGUGAAGGGCUCUGAAUAUUUUCCAAAUGCACUGUAUCUUUAAUUUGUGUCUUUGCAUUUGCAGAUCCUGGGCCCUGAGGACUGUAUGUACGCUGUUGGACAGGUGGGUAGAUGUAUUUUAUGAAGGAAAAAUUGGCAACUUUAACUCUUAUACCUGUGGUCCCUUAUUCCAUUGUGUAAUAACAAAAAACGCUAAACAGUUGUUAAAACUGAAUAUUUUACCCUGAAAGGGUAUAUCAGAGUUAAUAACCCAUUAUCACCAGGCCUUCGGCCAAGACCCCUUUUGGCACUGUAUAUGUGAGGAUUAGAAUUUUCAGCGUGGUCUUAACUGACUGAGGGUCCAUUGCUUGGCUGUGUUCCAGGGGGCUCUUGCCAUUGAGGUGCGGGCCAGAGACAAGGACAUCCUGGAGAUGGUGUCUGUUCUGCACGACCCCAACACGGUCCUGCGCUGUAUAGCAGAGCGAGCCUUCCUCAGACGACUGGCAAGUCUCACUCUGUCUCGUAGAUGUUUUAUUAUAGUGUGUCCACUGUAUCUGUGAAUUGUUGGCUGCUAGUGCAUUGUCGAUGCUACUUAAUAUAGAUACUCAUAAAGGACCAGUUUCCCAGACACAGAUUAGCCUAGGCCUAGUCCUGGACUAGAAAGCAUGCUCAAUGGAGAAUCACCAUUGAAAGGGCUUUUUAGUCUAGGACGAGGCUUAAUCUUUGUCUGGGAAUCCGGCCUUUGAGGUACAAUUGCAAGUGAAAGUAGAAGACGUUACAGUAAAAAAAUAUAAAUAAUGUUAGGCUUCAUAACUAUGUCACAUAAACAGUACUUAAAGGGGCAAUCCGGAAUUGAAACAAUCACAAAGCAUUCACCCCACCUUUAUUUUGGUAAAAGGCUGAGGGAUGGGUCUGGAGAAAUGUAACCACUCACAAAUUCGUAGACAGAGCUAUGAAUGCAAGGACUGACCAUCUAAGAUUUAAAAAUUAUAGUUUUAAGCAUGUUUGGAGGCAAGCUUAUAUUUUGUGUUCUGAUGGGGUACGACAGUUGAACUAAGCUCAUGAGGCAUUUAUAAGUUAUAGUCCUCGAGAAUCAAUGGGUAUAAAUCAUUACAGUACAUCAGUAUACCAGUACAUCACUGGGGCAGAGCACCCUGCCAUUCAGGAUCUCUAUACCAGGCGGUGUUAGAGGCCACCCAAGUCAUAAACUGUUCACUCUGCUACCGCACGGCAAAUGGUACCGAUGCACCAAGUCUGGAACCAACAGGACCCUGAACAGCUUCUACCCCCAAGCCAUAAGACUGCUAAAUAAACUGAACAAAAAUAUAAACGCAACAUGUGAUGUGUUGGUCCCAUGUUUCAUGAGCUGAAAAAAAAAUCCCUGAAAUUUUCCAUACGCACAAAACGCUUAUUUAGCUCAAAUUUUGUGCACAAAUUUUGUUUACAUCCCUGUUAGUGAGCAUUUCUCGUUUGCCAAGAUAAUCCAUCCACAGUAUGAUCAUUAUACAGGUGCACCUUGUGCUGGGGACAGUAAAAGGCCAAUUUAAAAUGUGCGGUUUUGUCACACAACACAAUGCCACAGAUGUCUCAAGUUUUGAGGGAGCGUGCAAUUGGCAUGCUGACUGCAGGAAUGUCCACCAGAGCUGUUGCCAGAUAAUUUAAUGUUAAUUUCUCUACCAUAAGCUGCCUCUAACGUUGUUUUAGAGAAUUUGGCAGUACGUCCUACCGGCCUCACAACCGCAGACCACGUGUAACCACGCCAGCCCAGGACCUCCACAUUCUGAUUGGCUGGGCCUGGCUCCCCAGUGGGUGGGCCUGGCUGCCAAGUGGGUGGGCCUAUGCCCUGCAAGGCCCACCCAUGGCUGCACCCCUGCGCAGUCAUGUAAAAUUCAUACAUUAGGGCCUAAUGAAUUUAUUUAAAUUGACUGAUAUCCUUAUAUGAACUGUAACUCAGUAAAAUCUUUGAAAUUGUUGCAUGUUACAUUUAUAUUUAUGUUCAGUAUAGUUAGUCCAGGUAGCUAUUGGUUAACUAUUUAACUAUCUGCUUUGACCCUUUUUUUGGCUCAUAACAUACGCUGCUGCUGCUGUUUAUUAUCUGUCCUGUUGAAUAAUCACUUUAUUCCUAGUUAAACAGUAUGUACAUAUCUACUUCAAUUACCUCAUACCCCUGCACAUCGACUCGGUACUGGUACCAAGUGUAUAUAGCCAAGUUAUCAUUACUCAUUGUGUAUUUAUUAUUACUUUUAUUAUUACGUGGUAUUACUUUUCUAUUAUUUCUCUAUUUUAUUUUCUCUGCAUUGUUGGGAAGGGCCCAUAAGUAAGCAUUUCACUGUUAGUCUACACCUGUUGUUUACGAAGCAUGUGACGAAUACCAUUAAAAAAAUUAUGCAGCAACUGCAGAUUACCCCCUUUAACCAAUUGUCUAUAUUUUCUUGUAUGUCCCAUUAUAUUUGACUGUCUACACUCCAGUGUAAUCACUUUCGCUUGUUGUAGGAGGGGGGUUGCAGUGUACCAGUUGCUGUCCACACUGAAGUCAAGGAUUCUCAGGUAAGGGCUUAUGACAUUUGCUAACGUGUGCGUGUGUGUCAUUGCAUAUCCAUGGUUGCGUACCUGCGUGAAUGUUUUUGUAACUGUUGUGUUCUAUUAACCCCAGCUCUACCUGACGGGUGCAGUGUACAGCCUGGAUGGUUCAGACAGUCUCAAGGAGACCAUGCAGACCGGCAUUGCUUCAGACAAUAAGGUCAGACUACUGAUUUCUAACUCCCAGUCAGAACACAAGUGAACUCUUCUCAUUAAACAUAUCAGCUCACCUUCUCAGGGCAUAUUUAUUUGGUUUAUUUAAACAGUUUUUCCUCUGUGGUAGGUGGAAGAGCAAGUGGAUGAGGGGGUCCAGCGUGCUGGCAUCACAGCGAACAAUAUGCCAGGCCCGGCCCAGGAUGCUUCUGAGAAGCUUGGUCUAGACCUGGCCAAUCUACUGCUGAGUAAAGGGGCUAAGGAGAUCCUUACCGUGGCCAGGCAGCUCAACGAUGCACAAUAAACUCACUCUAUGUGCCCCCAGCUGGGUCUGGAGGUGUAACCUGCACUCACCGGUAGUCCACACUAAUAUUAAAGCUCACACAUGGCUGACUGAGGACUCAUGAUAUUGAAUAGCACUGUCAGCACCACCAGACCUGGGUUUGAAUAGUAUGUGUUUUUAUUCAGAGUUUGAUUGAGCCUGCUUGGAGUGCCAGAACAUUAAUGUACAGGUAACUGCCAAAAUAAUG